UCGUGUUUGCUGUCGACAGGGAGAGUUGUAGUUAGCUUGUGAUGCUAUUAGCUACCCCGCCACCGAGACCAAAACACGGCUUGUUUUCUUUCUGUCCAUUUUUUGGUCUAUUUGACAAGAAGCUGCAACACGUGAUGGUCGACACAAAGUACUGUUUAGCAUUGUGUCUCACGGGGCAUUGAAAGAAAAGCAAUGGACCAGCACAGAUCCCACAAUCCGAACUCUAGCUACCAAAACCCCCAGUCAGCAUACAGACGUCACAGAGAUGCCAGUGGAAGAAAUCACUGUGAGAAUAAACGCUCCAGACCCAACCAGCAGCACCAGUCCGGGCCAAACCCACACACCUCUCCGGGUUUGAGCACCAGAAAGGAGCUGUAUGAAAGAGACUUUCCCGUGUACAAACAGCCAGUCGAAAUAGGAUGUUUUUCCCUGGACUCUGAGCGUAGAUUCUUCAAUGACGGCAGGCAGAUGAGAUACUACGUGGAACCUGAAAGAAAUCCUAAUUUUGACCUGAGGGACGGAUACAAGGACCGCUAUAUAAAGAGAGACGCAAACGUGAAGGAGAAGCUGGAUCACAUCCUGCGAUGGAUCUUGGCUAAUAAAUCAAAGCUCUGCUCAAAGGCAGCUACAGCCUCAUCAUGUACUUUAGAUUUUGACUUUGUGACGUGGCGUGGCCAUCUGACCAAGCUGCUGACCACGCCCUACGAGACACGCGAGGGCUGGUUGCUGGCGGUCACCAGGUUCCGGGGCACGCUGUACAUCAGCGAAGUGGAAACGGAAGCGGCUCGACGGGAACAGGAGAACCGCACAGAGAGACACGAGGAGAUGAUGUACUGGGGAUACAAGUUUGAGCAAUACACAUGUGCAGAUGGCGUCCACAGUUUACCCGACCCGGGCGGUGUGGUUAACACUAACGAGGCCUUCUGCACUGUGGUGCAGACCCGGCUGGCCGACCACAGACUCCUGUUCUCCGGUGAGGUGGACUGCCGGGACAAAGACCCCAAAGCUCCAGCUCCUCCUGCGUGCUACGUCGAGUUAAAGACCUCAGCGGAGAUCUGCACCCCCAAACAGCGCAGCAACUUUCACAGGUUCAAACUGCUGAAGUGGUGGGCCCAGUCUUUUCUCCCGGGAGUUCCCCGUGUUGUGGCUGGUUUUAGGGAUGACCAAGGAGUGGUUGUCAAUGUGGACACUUUUCCCAUCUCUAAGAUUUCACAGCUCAUCAAGAAUGAACACAACUGCUGGAAGCCAACGGUCUGUAUGAAUUUCUGCUGUGAUUUCCUGUCAUUUGUGAAGCAAAUUGCCGUUGAAGACCAUCCGAGCGUGGUGUACCUGUUCUCCUCGGAGCCCCGCAGAGAUGUGACGUUCUCUGUCCACAGGGACUCCCAGUAUUCCUUCCUGCCACACUGGUUUGUGGAGGAGAUGACCAGUAAGCCGGACGCACACCAUCAGCCCUGACUUACAACCAACAACGGUCCAUUUUUAAUGUUCCUUGAGACCACAAAUGGAGGAAUCUGACUUCAUUAUGAAUUUUAAAUCCCCAGUAACAGAGUUUAAUUGUUAGAUUUUAAUUGAGAACAAUAUAUGUAAUAAAAAUAAAAAAAACAAUGUAAAUAAAGGA